AUGAGCGCCAUGGUCGCGUCGUCGCUCAACCCUGAGGCCCCGCUCUUCAUCCCGGCAGCGUUCCAGCAGGUGGAGGACUUCUCGCCGCAGUGGUGGGACCUCGUCAAGUCCACCGCCUGGUUUCGCGACCACUGGUACCACCAGCACCAGCAGCUCGACGAUAUGGCCGAUUCCCUCAUCGCCUUCGAGGCCGAGGACGCCAUCGACGACGACCUCUUGCACGGCUUCGCCGUCGAGGCUUCGCAGCCGCAGCCGCCAGCGGCACUCAAGACUGACGGGGUGCUCAAGGCGCUGAGCCUGGCAUCCCCAAGCCCAAAGGUCAGUAAGUAG